CGUGGCAUAACAUACGUGUGAGCCCCACCUGAGAAUUCUUCCCCGCCACGAUCCACGAAUCACUGACCGUGGAUUUAGUUUCAGCUUUUGACUCAACACAAAUUGAUAGCACAAACAUCCCUAAACAGAAAAAACCAACCCACGGUGCCAUCUAAAACAUACACACUCUCUCUCUCUAGACUCUCUCCAAAUCGUUCAAGAAGCCAUGACCAGUCCCUCUGCUUCUUCUCGCAAGGCUUUGAGCAAGAUCGCAUGCAAUCGGCUACAGAAAGAGCUUGUGGAAUGGCAGGUUAAUCCACCUGCUGGAUUCAAACACAAAGUUACUGAUAAUCUCCAAAGAUGGGUGAUUGAAGUCAACGGAGCGCCGGGGACUUUGUACGCUAACGAAAUGUACCAGCUUCAGGUUGAUUUUCCUGAACAUUACCCUAUGGAAGCCCCGCAGGUUGUUUUCACCCCUCCAGCUCCACUUCACCCUCAUAUUUAUAGUAAUGGUCACAUCUGUUUAGGUUUAAGUGGCCGCCCUAGUUUAUGUAGGCCGAGUGUUCAUUUGUGGCCGAGGCAUGCUUAUGGGCAGAUCAUGCUACUAUCUAACUGGCCUGGCUUGCGCCAUGCCCUAAGGCCUGUGUCCAUCAUGCAAACCAGUGCAGUCAAGGUGCUGCACUUGAUAUCCCACCUUGCUUUGGAACUCCUCCUUGUGCAUGUGUCCCAAGGUGCAGUUGUAAGGCCAACAUGCCAGCCCCCAGCUAUGGGAUGGGCAUUUCUCAGCUAG